AUGGCAACGAGGAUUACUCGUGCGAAGGCGAAGGGUACGAGCAGCACGACUGAAAACCCUUCGUCGACCCGGGAGCCAGUGCGCUCAUCAGCCCCGCAAGGGCUUGCUCGAUUAGAGCAGGACUCCGUCGCCAUUGGCGAUGAGGAGCGACUCGGGAAUCGGGUCCCCGAGGAACGUCCACGUGGUCAAGCUGACCAACGAGAGGACAAUGACGAAAGCCGAGGUCGAAACGACCGAAGGCAUGUGAGUCCGAACAGAGCUGCUGCAGCGAGGCCUGUUCGUCGAAGUUAUAGCUCAGAUGCAGUUACUAGGUACCAAAAUAAUGAAAAUGUGUCAGACGAACUGCGUAUGGCCAUAGAAGCUGUCGUCGAGACGCGAGAUGGCGUAGAAAGAAUUCUGCGAGCAGUCCGUAGCGAAAAGGAUCGCAGAAGGGCUAUUGAUAGCAACACCGAGGAAAUACCGAGACAUGGGCCUUCGACCGCGUCGAAGGGGAAAGGAAUCGACCCAACGAACUGGGGAAACGUUGAUAUCCCCGAAGAUGAGCUAGACAUUCACACACAGCAAGUCAUGCUGGAAGAUGUCCUCGAGAAUGGGCAAGAAGUCACACAUCAGAUAAGUGAAGAAACUCAUGAGGAACCAGCUGAACAUCAGUAUGUAGAUUUACGUGCUGAGUAUCAGAAGGCCAAGGAGCACACAAAAGCGUUACGUGAGAAAAUAAAGGCUAGCUUCCAAACCGCAUCCGCGCAGAACAAUAGAGAAACCCCAGAACAGCCAGUACAAGCCAAUGAGACGACUCCUGCUCCAACACGCGGGAUAUCAACCACUCCCAUGUCAAGAGGACUCGAACGCGCCAUCACUAAGGUCGGCCAACAAGCGCGCACCCACGCGGCUAGAGCCGAAGCGCUAAAACCAGCUAAUCAACUCCCACAAGAUAGCGUACUCGGGCAGUUCUUUGCUCGACAGGGAGGUGGAGGUGGGGGGAAUGACCCAUUUGAUAGUGAUUCCUCGGAUGAUGAGGAUUUACCAAGAGGACCUCAUUUCCCGCCUACCAACCGCCAGCCGCCAAAGAUUUCGGGGCCUGUUGUUCCCGAUAUCGCGGGAAAGGCUGUAUCGACACGUACCGUUUAUCGUCAGCCUAACCCAACUGAACCGAGCAAGUACUAUGGUGAUGAGAAUAUUGAUAAAUACAUGCAGUUUGUACAGGACUUCGAACAGUAUUGUAAGGAAGCAGGUAUCCCGGAAGAAGACCAAGUCAUCAAAUGUGGCCACUUUUUGGGCGGAAAGGCUAGAAGCUUCUAUAGUACAAUGGUAGCUCUAAAUGUUCAUGAAUGGGAUCUUCCCAACUUCCUUCGUGAAUUAUUCAACUGGUGCUUUCCACCGGAUUUCCGUCUCAAACAGAGAAAGAAGCUUGAGAACUUCAGGCAAGGUGGCAUGCUUGUCUCGGAGUAUGCCCAUAAAUUGGAUAUGUUGUUCAGGAUCGUCGGCGCUUCGAGUAAGCGCCAACGGAUUGAUAAGCUGUGGAAUGGAUUGCGUGACGAGUUGCAGUCUGCACUGAGGCGAUAG